UGACCGGAGGACUUGAACCCUGGCUCUGCACUCGGCUGAUGGUCUGAAAUUGGAUAACGGCAAGUGAUUCGGGCGAGCUGUGGAUGCUGGCUGAUGAUUCCUAUCGUGAACGUCGCCGUGGAUGGACGUGUCCGUAGUCUCAGCUUGUCGUAGCUCGAUUCGUGAGUGAGUGUGAAUACUGUGCGGUUCUUGUGUGUACGGAAACGACGACAGAUCGUACGGUCGGCAAUUAGGUGAAACUGUGAUUUUUCCUGAGAUUAAAAUUUGGAGCCUGGAACAAGUUGGAGCAAUCGAAGAUGUGUUGACACUGUGGAAUCAGAAACAAAUCAGCAGAGCAUCGAUCAAGUUUUAUAAAAGUUCAAAAAGUUAAAAUAAAAAAUAAUAGUGAAAAGUGAACUACACAAAAUCUGAAAAGUGCCAAACAAAUAUCAAUUUUGAUACCAAAUUGUGCAAAAUCAGGGAAGCUCUUUUCGGGAUUACAGGUGAGCGGGCUGCUAGGAGCCUGCUGUAACGCUGACAAAAUUUUCACGGACGGGAAUAAGCUGGGUUCCGCUACAGCGGGUCGUGGAAUGUUCUGCUACCACUGUCCACCGUCGCUGCAUCCGGCAGGACCACAUCCGCCACGGUUACCCACGCUCGAGUACCCGUUCGCACCGACACAUCCCUACACCAGCUACUCGUACCACCCCGCGAUCCACGACGAAAGCUUCGUGCGGCGGAAACAGCGAAGAAACAGAACCACCUUCACCCUGCAGCAGCUGGAAGAGCUGGAAACGGCCUUCGCCCAAACCCACUACCCGGACGUGUUCACCCGCGAAGAUCUGGCCAUGAAAAUCAACCUCACCGAGGCCCGCGUCCAGGUAUGGUUUCAAAACCGCCGUGCCAAAUGGCGCAAGGCCGAACGGCUAAAGGAGGAGCAGCGAAAACGUGGAGACGGGUCUGAUCCUCAGUUAAUGAAUGAUAAGCUGGACACCGACAGUCGUGACUCAAGCCCGGACAUUACCGGGGACGCUGACGAUGACGACAUGCGUAGCUCAAGUGCCCCACCGAUGAGCCCUCGGAUGGACUCCGAACCGGACCGGCCUCACUCGGGCAACAACCAGAUGCACCACUCAAUGAACACUCAGUCCGGGUCAAAUAGCGCAGGAACGCCAUCACCCGGGUUGAAAUAUUCCCACCAGGCGGAGCUGAGCCCGUCCCCGUCCGUGACGGCGGAUUCCCCCAUCGAGGUCGGCGGACCGAUUUCGCUGACGACGUCGACACGUGCGGACACUUCCAGCCCCCUGACGGCGGUAUCCAGUGGCAGCGGCAACAUUCUGAACGGCGGUCACAGCACGGCCACCACCGCAGGAGGAACUGGCAGUAGUACCCAUCACAGCUUCAGCAGUCACCUCUUCGGGAGCUUCGGGGAGAGCAAUGGUGGAUUCCGCCCAGUACUGGACAACGGUCAACCAAGGACGACACCCCCGCUGUUCCUUCCACCUCAUUUGGCCUCCCUUGGUUCACAGUUCGCCCCGCCACUGUUUCCAAAUCUGAAAGCUGCCUUCCCCGGUUUGUGUUCGUGCUGUCCGGUCAAGUCCCCCAUCACGAGCGGUGCCUCCUCGACCGCAACGUCCUCCCCGACGUGCACCUCAUCAUCGCACUCCCUGGUGACGACCAGCCCCAGCCCGGAUCCGCGCUCCUCCUCGGUGGCCGAACUGCGCCGGAAAGCUCAGGAACACUCCGCCGCCCUGUUGCACUCCCUGCAGGCCGCGGCCGCCGCCGGAUUAGCCUUUCCGGGCUUCCACCUGCCGCCACUCUCGCUGCACAGUGCCCUGGCCGGUGGCCGCAAGCCGAGCGAUUUCAUCAGCGACCUGUCGAUGCACCACCAUCUGAGCAGCCACGGAAUGUCCGCCCUCGGAAUGCACGGGUUGGCCGCCAGUAACAACAACAACAACAAUAGCCCAAAUAGUACCAAUAACAAUGUCCCGAGCGGGGCCGAUUCGCCACCCCGGCACAACGGUGACAAAUCCGGUAGCGAUUAGUGCUGUGAGGCCAACAGCACAGAUUCUGACCAAUUGUGAUUAUGACCAGUAUCGAAAUGAAAUUGUUGUACAUACUUAAGUGAAACACUGCUAAAAGUAGCCUUUUUCCAAUCACACGUAGCUUUGUUCGUACUAUUUCUAUGAAAAUAUAAAAAUAAUUAAACCAUUUGAACACAUUGAGUAUUCUGUACAGUGAGAGUAGGUUAAACGACAUUUCACGACAACUUGCAAUAACUUAGACACUAGAAACGAGUAGCAUCGCUUACCCACCAUUACUUAAUUUGAUUUAUAAAGAUAAUUCUAGUAGAAAAGUGAAACAUCUUAUGUAAUUAUAGUUAAAUUUUGAGAUUAAACCAUUGUUUUACAUGUUUCCCGUAAAAUAAAACUUGCAACAACAAAACUCAACAAAUAUUUGUAAAUAUCGAAAUAACAUUAUCAUAGCACGCGCCAAAUCAAAAUUAUUUAUCGUCAAGCAGUACACGACGAAUAGUUUUAACGCAUAACGUUUGGACCCAAUAAUAUUCAUAAGCAGUGAAAAAGGGAAGUCGAUUCGAAUAUCUGGUAAACUUUUGCUUUAUUGAUUCCAAAACCAUCAAAAUCACCGUUUUCAAACACUAUGCCAUCAGAAUAUGUAAAAUAAACAGUAAACACAGAAUAAUAAACCAAACGAAUUAUGAGUACCGUUGAAACCGCUUUGCAUUGU